AUGACCUACUCCUGGUGGUUGCUGAUCUGCUGCUUCUGCUGCAUCGGAAUACUCUGUAAAUGGCAACCAGUCCUAGCGUGUCCGGCUGAAUGUAUCUGCCUGUCACAGACUCAAGUCUUAUGCAACACGGGUGGUUUGCGCGAAAUUCCCGCCCGUCUGUUGCCCGUGACAGUAGAAAAUUUAGCCCUCACGAAGAAUCAUUUUCCCGUGAUAAAGAGUGACGCCUUCACUGGAUUGCGUGCCCUGAAGAAGCUUUCUCUGGAUGGGAACAAUAUCACCACCAUUAAACCAUUUGCCUUUCGCGGUCUGCCCAGAUUGCGUGAGCUCUCAAUUCAGCAUACACCCUUAGCCACAGUGGCACAAUUUGCCUUUGCAGGUUUGCAAAACAUCACAACCAUUCUCCUCAGUCACAAUAAAAUCCUUCGGGUAGAAGGGUACGCCUUUGCGGGAACAUCAAACGUUCGGUUAAUACUGUUGUCCAACAAUCCCAUGCUUAAAAUCGAUACAUCAGCAUUUUCGGGUUUGACGAAUGUUGAACAUCUCAUCCUGCCCUCGGGCAUUCGUACAAUCGAACAAGAUGCCUUCGGUAACCUAGACACAGUGGGUCUCCUAAAGCUCGCAUACAUGGACCUCACUUCCUUGGCACCUUUUACUUUUCGUGGCCUCACGAAUGUACAGGUAUUGUCGCUGCAGGAGUCGGAUUUGGGCAUUAUUUGCGCCAAUGCUUUUGACGGCCUAACUCACGUGGGCAGCCUCAAUAUUCUCAACAACAAAAUCGAUGCCAUCCAGGAGCUCAACAUCACAGCCGCCCACUACAUCCGACAGAUCAAGCUUCAGGGCAAUCAUCUGCUAGAAACACCUGACCCAGAUACCAUCAUCAUUGACGGUGUUGAGAAUCUCAUUGUGGUGAACAAUCACUUUCCAUGCGGUUGCCACAUUCACACUCUACUCGAUACACCACUAGCCAAUGGUACCAACUCUGGAAGUGACUUUUUGGCCAAGAACUUCUGCAUAUCACCACUGGAGGUCAACGGGAGGCCCAUGAGCGACCUGGACUUGUAUGCAAUUGGGCGAUGUCAAGAGCAGGUGACGAAGGAGAAUCUCGAGGCAUCCAGUGGGCGAACCAUCAACAUCUACACAGUCCUGUGUUCACUCUUAGCCACACUCUAUCUAUCUAUGACAACAUGGAUGUGCAGCUGAGUGUUAAACUAGGCAGGAAGUCACUAAAGACUUAUGUACAUAAAUAGAACCACGAAGACACUUUCUGUAAUUUAGCACUCAGACAAAAAUCAUGUUCCUAGGAUAAUAAGGCAUCUGAGUGUUUU